AUGCGUGGUUUAAUUCUUUUGGCAUUACUGUCGUUGGCAUUUGCUCAAAUGGCCUAUCGUGAAAAGGCCAUGGAUGCUGGAAUGGCAUACAGGGAGAAAGCAGUUUUGGACGGUCUUCUUUGUGCUAUGUGCAAACCUAUCGUUGAGGAAGCUGAACAAGUUGGAAUACAAUACAGCAACGAAUUCUUGAAGAAACAGAUUAAGGAAACCUGUAGUCAAGCUGGAUUCUUACAACAACUUUGUAUAGAGCAGAUGAUGCAGGUGGUCGACGAACUUGACAAAUAUAUCAAGCAGGAAUUCUCACCAGAAAUAUGCUGCGAGAAAGUGAAAUUAUGCUAA